AUGCCUUUAGAUAUCAUGAUAAUAUUUUUAAAUGAUAUGCACCUAUCAGAAAACUCCUUAGCACAAAAUUUUAAAUAUAAAUAUUUAAUACUUUUCAAAAUGAAUAUAUUAACAAUUAGAAUGUCUGAGCUCGUUCAAACAUUAGUAAAUCGUCCAGAUAUUACAAAACCAAGAUAUGAUCAAUCUACAUAUAUUAAUCGUGCUCGUCAUUUUUUUGCUAUCACAAAUCCAUUAAAUCUUUUUGUUUCUGAUAAAAAAUUGGAUGAAUGUAAAGUUAUUGUUGAUAAUUACAAAAAAGGAAUAGUUUCUGACAAAUUAACUGUAGAUGAAUUGUGGAAAGCAAAAACAUUAUAUGAUUCUGCUUUUCAUGCUGAAACUGGUGAAAAAACUUUUAUUCUAGGAAGAAUGUCUAGUCAAAUGCCAAUGAAUAUGGUUAUAACUGGAGGAAUGUUGGCAUUUUAUAAAUCAGCACCUAGUGUUAUUUUUUGGCAAUGGACAAAUCAAAGUUAUAAUGCAAUUGUUAAUUAUUGUAAUAGAAGUGGUGGUUCUUCUGAUGAUGGUUCUGUUGAAGACAAUAGUGUUGGUACAAUUAUUUCAAGUUAUUGUGCUGCUACAGGAGGUGCUUUGUCUGCUGCAUUAGGUUUAAAUGCCAUAGUCAAAAGAGGAAAUUUUCCACCAUUAAUUGGAAGAAUGGUACCAUUUGCUGCAGUAGCAUUGGCAAAUUCAAUAAACAUUCCAAUGAUGAGACAAAAAGAAUUUUCAGAAGGAAUUAAAUUAGUUGAUGAAAAAGGAGUUGAAGUAGGAACAUCUACAAAAGUUGCUAGAUAUGCCAUACCAAUGGUAAUAUUUUCAAGAGUAGCAAUGGCUACACCAUAUAUGAUAGCAACACCAUUAUGUAUGCAAAAAAUUGAAAAAACUGAUUGGUUUAAAAGAAAUAAAUGGUCAUCUCUACCAAUACAGAUUGGCAUUUGUGGAGCCAUUCUAUUAUUCUCUACUCCAUUAUGUUGUGCCAUAUUUCCACAAAUGACAAGUAUUGAAGUAUCAGCCCUAGAACCUGAAGUUAAGAAAAAAAUUGAAGCAUUACCAAAUCCUCCUAAAAUAGUUUACUACAAUAAAGGACUAUAA